AUGGUCUUUACAUUCAGCCCACUUGACCCCACCGACGCUUCUAGAGUGCAUUCCUCUUUUGACGGAAGGUUAGUCCAACCAACACAGAAAAAAACCCAGAUCUAUCUAUCUAUCUAUCUAUCUAUCUAUCUAUCUAAGCCUGUUUAUAUUUAUUCAGCUAGGCAUCUAUCUAUCUAUCUAUCUAUCUAUCUAUCUAUCUAUCUAAGCCUGUUUAUAUUUAUUCAGCUAGGCAUCUAUCUAUCUAUCUAUCUAUCUAAGCCUGCAUCUAUCUAUCUAUCUAUCUAUCUAUCUAUCUAUCUAUCUAUCUAUCUAUCUAACCCUGUUUAUAUUUAUUCAGCUAAGGAAUCUAUCUAUCUAUUUAACCCUGUUUAUAUUUAUUCAGCUAAGGAAUCUAUCUAUCUAUCUAUCUAUCUAUCUAUCUAUCUAUCUAAGCCUGUUUAUAUUUAUUCAGCUAGGCAUCUAUCUAUCUAUCUAUCUAUCUAUCUAUCUAUCUAUCUAUCUAUCGUCUGUCUCUGUGUAGCGCUGUUCUUUCUUGUUUACCUCCUGCCUUCCACUCUAGUUCGAAACUCUGCCCUUUUCCCUGCUUUCAAACUUCCUUCCUUUUUCUCGCACCUUCGUAUAUAUACUUCCAGUGGACCACUCAGUCCACUUGUCAUGUGCUAUUCUUAUUUCGAGUACCCAUCCUAA